UGGUUGUUGCCUUGUCCAGAUAUUGAUGAGUGCGGGCUGGAGGAGAGAGUGUGUUCCCACUCCUGCCAUAACCUGCCCGGGAGUUACCGCUGCUUCUGCCAGGAUGGCUACAGCAUGUAUUCAGACAAGAAGACCUGCAUUGAUCAGAACGAAUGUUUACGGAACCAGCACAUUUGUGGGAAAGCUUCUUGCAUCAACGUGCCGGGAAGCUACGAGUGUGAAUGCAACAAAGGUUUCAGGUUCAAUUUCACCCAGAAGGAGUGCGAGGAUAUCGAUGAAUGUGCGGAGGACACGUGUUCACACAAGUGUUUGAAUUACCCCGGCAGCUUCACCUGCUUCUGUGACGGCAAGAAAGGGGAGAAGUUGUCAGCGGAUGGACGGAGUUGUGAGGCAAUCCCCACCUGCGUUGCCCUCCAGCCGGUGAGGAGUCCAGACAUGCUUGGCAUGGGAGAGUUCUUCGCUGGGAUCCCGGUGGUCUACGUCCGGUUCAAGAUUCCCUCCGACAGCAGGCUUACAGCAGAAUUUGACUUCAGAACGUUCGACUCUGAGGGGGUUAUAUUCUACGCCGAGACCCAGGAGAACUCCGCCUGUUUCCUGUUUGCUAUCCGAAACGGAAGGAUUGAGGUUCAGUUCAAGAAUGACCACAUCCACAGGGUGAAGAUCAGCGGGGGCCCCGAGAUCAAUGACGGCAACUGGCAUACGAUCUCGGUGGAGGAGAGUGAGAGCAGCGUUGUUGUGAAGGUCGCCCACGAGGCAGUGAUCAAAAUCAACAGUCCGGGCCGCAUCUUUCCACAUAACACGACAACAGAGAUGAAGAUAUCAAUCGCUGGUUUGCCCAGACAAGCCCAUCCCAUCACUCCAUAUAUAAACCCUCGGCUGGAUGGCUGCAUGUGGAAGUGGAAUUGGAUGAACCAGGGAUCGGCCGGAAUCCAGGAGGUCGUUCAGAGCAUAAAAACCAAACAGUGCAUUCUGAACGUGGAGAGGGGUUCCUACUUCCCGGGAAGGGGAUAUGCAUCGUUUCCGUUCAACUACAGUGCAAUAGAAAAUAGCGGCAGCGGCUGGAAGGUUGAGGUGAAACUUCGCAUGCGUCCAUCAAAGAACACGGGCGUGCUAUUCGCAUUAGUCAGUGGAAGCACGGUUCCCCUGUCGCUCUCAAUAGCUGACGCCUACUGCCCAGAGAGCAAGCAGCAUUUAAUUCUGGCCGUGGACAACGAGGUUGUGUACAGAACCAAGAGCCUGAAUCUAUGUGAUGGUGAGCACCACGCAAUCCAUCUCACCAUUACAGCCCAGGACAUCAUGUUGGAAGUGGAUCAGACUGUUAACGGGAGCAUCGUGGACAGCUCGGAGCUGAGCAAGCAACUGGGCAUCCUGGAGGAGGCUUUGAGUGCUCCAGUCAACACCACACUGGGGGGAAUACCAGAGGUUCCAGUCACCGCUACCCCUGUCACAGCCUCCUUUACGGGAUGUCUUCAAACAGAGAUUAAUGAGAAGCAAAUUGACCUUGAUGAGGCUGCUGAAAAGAACAAUGAAAUCCAGUCCCAUUCAUGCCCAGUGGUACAGCCAGAGACUUAUGAAGAUGAAGGACCAAUAAUAUGUUUACAGAUCAGGAUAGGGUGUGACUUGGAGGGGACGCAGCAGAGGAUGCAGUUCCCCAUUUGGUUGCUGCCCUUGGAAGAGGAGCAUGGGGGAGGUGAGAAGGGGAGGGCUCGGCUGGUGGGGUGGGCGGGCAAACAAGAUCGGAUCGGCGCGGCCCUGGUAGAGUCGCUGCCCCGCUCUCUGCCUCGGGUUGUGAGUGAGUCUGCUCUGGGAAUCUCUCGGUCCGCAGGGAUGCUCGGCGUCCCGGUCCUGCUGCUGCUGCUGCUCGGCGCCCCGUCCACCAGGCAAUUUGUGUCCCAGAGAUCUGCCUCCAGCUUCCUGUCCAGGAUCCGGAGAGCGAACCAUGUCUUCGAGGAGACGCGCCAGGGCCACUUGGAGCGGGAGUGUGUGGAGGAGUUUUGCAACAUGGAGGAAGCUCGGGAGGUCUUUGAGAAUGACCCAGAAACGAAUUACUUUUACCCAAAGUACCGGGAUUGCCUCUCACGAUAUGGACCAAACAAUAGGAAGAACCCAGACCUGGUGACUUGUGUUCACAAUAUUCCAAAUCAGUGUUCCCCGAUGCCCUGCCACCCUGCUGGCGCCAAGGACUGUGUGGAUCAGCGGGGAGCUUUUAAGUGCGUGUGCAAACCGGGCUGGAGAGGUGUCACGUGCAGCCUAGAUGUUGACGAGUGUACGUCCGGCAAUGGCGGUUGUCAGCACAUCUGUUCCAACGUGGAGGGCAGUUAUCAGUGUUCGUGCAGGACGGGCUUCAACCUGCAUCCUGACAAACAUGGGUGUCGUGACAUCAAUGAGUGUGAAUUGGACGGCGAGCUGUGUGGAUUAGCACAAUGUGUAAACACGCCGGGCUCUCACCAAUGCGUUUGUGACUCUGGCUACAAAUACAAUUCUUCAUCAAAGAGUUGCCAAGAUGUGGAUGAAUGUGAAAGCGAUACCUGUGCAGGAGGCUGCGUCAAUACACCUGGCCAGUACUCCUGUUACUGUGACGGAAAGAGUGAUUUAAAGCUGGCUGCAGAUGCACGGAACUGCAUGAAUAUUUUGCAGUGUAUAUCAUCACUGAACACUGUGAAGAAUGAAGGGUCUCUGUAUCUGGGGAGGUUUUUCAAAGGGACUCCUGUGUUGCAAUUUAACUUCAAGAGGAAGCACCAGACAAGGUUCUCAGUAGAAUUUGACUUCCGCACGUUCGACACAGAGGGCACAAUUUUCCAGGCAGGACAUCAGCACAAUAACACAUGGGUGAUGCUGGCCCUACACAAUGGGAAGCUGCUGGUCCAGUAUCACAGUGCCAACGAAGCCACAGGAGUUACGACCGGAGGCCCGUUUCUGAACGACGGGCGAUGGCACACGAUUUCCGUCGAAGAAUCGACGAACAGCUUAAUUGUGAAAGUUGCUCGAGAGGCAGUGAUGAAUAUUAACAUCCCCCAGGGCCUGUUCAUGAAGAUCCUCGGAUUGUUUCAGAUAGACAUCACUGUCGGAGGCCUCUUUCAAGAAGGUCCUGUCCUGCUCCAGAUUAACCCCAGACUGGACGCCUGCCUACGAGGAUGGAAUUGGAUGAACAGCGAGGACACGAUAAGGGAGACCAUCGAACAUGAGGAAAGAAUGCAGUGUUUCUCCGAGAUAGAGGAGGGCUCCUACUACCCUGGACACGGCUCAGCCUCAUUUUCCCUGAAUUACGAUCACCCACGGGGCAAGGACGAUGGAGGCUGGGCGGUGAACAUUGGUCUCUCCAUCCGCCCGUCUCAAGACACAGGGGUGUUAGUUGCCUUGGUAAACGGAAGCAGUGUCCCACUGUCCCUGGCCAUCAUGGAUGUGAGCCCCACCGUACAGGGUAUUGUGUUAGCUAUCGAGAACGAGGUGGUUUACAGACUAGACCAGUUGCCAGUGUGCGCUGGUGACAAGCUGCCGAUUCAGCUCAUUGCCACAGAAGAUCGGAUCGUCUUGGAGUCUUCAGGGGUGACCGGGUACAGCCCUUUGGCAAUGCCGCAACUUGCUGAGCGUCUUGCCACCCUCGACCUGUACAUGCGCCAGUCGGUGCUGACCUACGUGGGUGGAGUACCAGAUGUUCCAAUGACGGCUGCACCGGUUACUGCCUUCUACCAAGGCUGCAUGGACGUCCGCAUCAACAACCAAGUCCUGGACCUGGAUGAGGCUCAAUACAAACACAAUGAUAUCAGCUCGCACUCCUGCCCUCUGCCGAAUUAGCCAACGGCAAUGCCUUCUUCAUCCUGAGCAUCUGCUGAAUCAAUAAUACGUCUUGGAUGUCCCUGUGCUCCAUUGACUGGGCUCUCUCCUUGUAUGCCUGGGAUGUGGGAGAGGAGAAGCAGUACAAAGCAGUAAAGAUGUUGAAAUGCCAAAGUGUGUGACCAUGCUCGCGUCUCUGCAGGUUGCACGUGUUUAAUUGCAAGCGAUUUUUAACCAUGGAAAGCAUAUUCCAUUAACUGGGAAGCUGAGUUGGGAGGGGUGGAUCGAUGCUGGAUAGCCCAUUACAAUAUUGGCACAUUGAUCAUGGAGAUUUGCUCAGCCUAGUGCCUUUAUAUACAAUACUGUGCUAUAUCCUCUGUAAACACCUGUAAACAUUGUAUGAUAUUUCAAUGCAUCCGAAAGAUGCUUCACAUAAUGAAAGAAUACUUGCCUAAAAUGUGCUCAGAUCAUUGGU